AAAUAGACAACCUAUUUGUGGCUUAAAUGCAGGCAGUUUUAUUUUUACAGUGAGUUGCUGUAUUUUUUCUAAGUAUAAAUAAUUAUCUACCACAAAUGAAACUCCAGCUCCAUCUGUGAUAGUUCCUGUUUUGAUAGUGGUGCCAAUUAAUCACAAAACAAUGGGCACCUUCCUCCUCCCACGCCCUUCCGGGAGCUCCUGGCCAGCCCACCCAGCCAGUCGCCCAGCUUCCUGGUGCUUGUUACCCAUUCACCUGACGGCGGCUGUCAAUUUCCAAACCGGACAUCAUGUUGUUUUCUGGCAGCAUAGACAGGCAUCUCUACUCCGUUAGGAGCUGGGAAAAGCAAACCCGUGAGGCUGUCUGCUCUGUUGACUUAAUAAUGACGUUGGAGUCUUCCCUCUAGUUGGUCACUCUGUUCAGGGUUUCACGGCACCCAUAGGGACAACUGUUCACCAAAUCUGGACAGCCCCUGAGAAGAGCAGCAGCAAAUGUGGACAGAGAGGCAGGGUGACUCCUUUUGUCCCGUCCGCUCUCCCUCAUGCCUCCUUCUCUCCGGGCUUCUCCACCAGCCUGUCAGCUCUCUCCCUGCAGGGCUGGCUCCGGUGGGUCAGAUCCUCCUCGCAGAGUGCUCCUUCCUUUCACCUGCAGUUGGCUUCAGACGGCUCCUGUUUUCUUCCCAGCCUCUGACUCUCCUCUAGGAAACAUAGAGAUCUCCAGGAGGCUGGCCUCCUCCUCCUUUGGGACAUCACAACCAGAAAACCACCUGAAAAGUGCCAGCCUGACAUCUCCGAAUGUCCGAAUGGAUGAGUCAAAUGUGACAGCGUUUGUGGACUGGGAGUCCCUGAAUGCCUCGAACUCCUCAUUCGGGAGCGCAGCGCCACACAUCCCGGUUGUGCACUGGGUCAUCAUGAGCAUUUCCCCACUGGGCUUUGUGGAAAAUGGGAUUCUCCUUUGGUUCCUCUGCUUCCGGAUGAGAAGAAAUCCCUUCACUGUCUACAUCACCCACUUGUCUAUUGCCGACAUCUCACUACUCUUCUGUAUUUUUAUUCUGUCUAUCGACUAUGCGUUAGAUUAUGAACUCUCUUCUGGCCAUUACUACACAAUUGUCACACUAUCAGUGACUUUUCUGUUUGGCUACAAUACAGGUCUCUACCUGCUGACCGCCAUUAGUGUGGAGAGGUGCCUGUCUGUCCUCUACCCCAUCUGGUACCGAUGCCACCGCCCCAAGCACCAGUCAGCAUUGGUCUGUGCCCUCCUGUGGGCUCUUUCCUGCCUGGUGACCACCAUGGAGUACAUCAUGUGCAUUGACAGUGAAGAGGACAGCCACUCCCGAAGUGACUGCCGGGCAGUCAUCCUCUUUAUAGCUGUCCUCAGCUUCCUGGUCUUUACCCCACUCAUGCUGGUGUCCAGCACUAUCUUGGUGGUGAAGAUCCGAAAGAACACAUGGACUGCCCAUUCCUCAAAGCUGUACAUUGUCAUCACAGUCACCAUCAUCAUCUUCCUCAUCUUCGCCAUGCCCAUGAGGCUCCUCUACCUGCUGUACUAUGAGUACUGGUCCACAUUCGGAACCCUGCACAAUAUCUCUCUGCUCUUCUCCACAAUUAACAGCAGUGCCAACCCUUUCAUUUACUUCUUUGUGGGCAGCAGCAAGAAAAAGCGAUUCAAGGAAUCCUUAAAAGUAGUCCUGACCAGGGCUUUCAAAGAUGAGAUGCAGUCCAGGCGCCAGGAAGACAGUGGCAAUACGGUCUCCGUGGAGACGGUUGUCUGAGGACUGCAGAAGCAAAUUGUGGGCAAAAGUGGUGGGACACAGGUGACUUCUAGUUUGUACUUGGAAUGCAAUUUAAGUAUUUAAAAAUUUCCUUAAAUGUGAUUCAGAAGGGCAACCAUUCCAUAUGCAUGAGAUAUGAAUUACUGAUGAGAUUGUAUUCUUGUCCUGUAUCUUCUGGAAAUGCCUAAAUAAGAGUCAGAUCUCUGUUAUUUCUGUACUUACCAAGAACUGUACUUAUCAAGAGCUCUUCUCUGUUCUUCUGGAAGUGUUUUAGCAUGAACCAAAUAUCUACUCUUGCAGAAAGAACUGUAUAUCUUCUCUUAUAGAUAUAACCAGGAAGGAUAGCAAAGUGUUUAUUGGAAUUUGGAGAGGAAUGCAAUGUGGGACGAGGAAGCAGAACAUUAGACUCUGUCACUUGCUGUCUGUAUGACCACAAGCAAGGGGUUUAAGUUCUCAGAGCCUUAUUUCCUCAUUUAGAAGGUGACAGCAGAAACAGGAAGAAAAGAAAGUAAAGCACAUGGCACAUUAUCAAUGUUCAAUAAACCUCCAUCUCUGAUCUCUCA